AUGGCGCCGCCGGGCUCCCGCCCUGGGAGCUCCGCACGCCCCGCGAGCGCUGGCGUACCGUACCACCACCACCAACACCACCACCACGGCUCCAUGGGCAAGGUUGCCGUUGUGACGGCGGCAACAGCAAAAUCGCCCGGGACGCCGCGCAGGGAACAGAGCCAUCGGCUGGAGAAGGCCGUUGCCGUGCAGGAUCCGGGGUUGAGAGACUACCGCCUCGGAGACUGUAUCGGGAAGGGAGCAUUCGGGUCCGUCUACAAGGCCUUCAAUUGGGGGACCGGUGAGGCAGUGGCCGUCAAGCAGAUCAAAUUGGUUGAUGUGCCCAAGAGCGAGCUGCGCAUGAUCGAGGCAGAGAUCGAUCUCUUAAAAAACCUCCAUCAUGACAAUAUCGUGAAAUAUAUUGGCUUCGUCAAGACGACCGACUGUCUCAACAUCAUCCUCGAGUACUGCGAGAAUGGCUCCCUGCAUUCCAUCUGCAAAGCCUACGGCAAGUUCCCGGAGAAUCUGGUCGGUGUGUACAUGACGCAGGUCCUCCAGGGUCUGCAGUAUCUGCACGAUCAAGGUGUUAUUCACCGCGAUAUCAAGGGCGCCAAUAUUCUCACCACAAAGGAUGGCACCGUCAAGCUGGCUGAUUUUGGCGUCUCGACGAGCACCCUCGCCGGGCCAGACAAGGAAGCCCAGGUCGUCGGAACCCCCUACUGGAUGGCCCCGGAGAUCAUUCAACUCUCUGGUGCCACCUCAGCUUCAGACAUCUGGAGUGUCGGAUGCACCGUCAUCGAGCUGUUGCAAGGGAAACCACCAUAUCACAACCUCGCUGCGAUGCCGGCGCUGUUCGCCAUCGUCAACGACGACCACCCCCCGCUUCCCGAAGGGGUGUCUCCGGCUGCUCGCGAUUUUCUCAUGCAAUGUUUCCAGAAGGAUCCCAACCUGCGAGUCUCGGCGAGGAAACUACAGCGGCACCCCUGGAUUACUGGCUGCCGAAGAAGCGACGCGCCAGUUUCGAAAGCGCCAUCGAACUUCAGCCAGGCGGUCGAGGAAGUGAAGCAGUGGAACAAGGCGCUCAAGUCGUCUGAAGGCAAUCUUAGAACUUCAAUGGGGUCAGACGCCAGUGCUCUGGGACAUCGUGGAAACUUGGCCAGGAUGCCUUUGUCGUUGGCAACGAAGCAAAGGCCAUCGGCCGACGCAUUUAGGUCUCCGGAGGUUGCUGAUGACGAUAACUGGGACAACGAUUUUGCGACAACCAUCUCACCAUCUGCCCUUCAUCUUCCACAGAUCAAGGGGCAGGAUAAUUUUGGCGGGUUGCUCUCCGGAGAUCGGCUGAAGGCGUUUGCGUCUAUUGACGCCCAGCGAGAGGAUUCUGAAAACUGGGACUCAACCUUUGAGGGUGAGCUGAUGACGAUCAAGGGCUUGGGCCACUGGUCCGAGAUUGAUCCUCAGGAGGAGACCAUCCGGCCGCUGCCCAAAAAGCCAGAGAGGACACGAGAGUCCAGGAUGAGGGUCCCAGAGCAUCAGGGGCACAGGCGCCAGAGGAGUGCCCGGGGAGCACCCAACAACUCUCAUCCCAAAUCUCCCGUGAAGCCACUCGGCACGAAAUUCGAAUUACCUCCACGCCCAGACGUCAUCUACCGCGAGCAGUCUACCGAGGACUACUCUGACCUUUUUGCUGAUAACGACCAUGUCUUUGACAGGAGGCUGAGUCUUACCGGCAAGGACGCCCCCCAGCUUUUCCACCCAUCAGAUCUCACAACCAGCGUCCCGAAAUCCUCUCACGGGUCCUCUGCCGGCGGCAGCACGCGCCGCUCAAAGACCACCCCCACGCCUGCCCUGCUUUCCCCAGAGCAGCCUGUCCGCCGGCCCCGCGCCCGCUCCACCGUCGAAAUCACCAAGUUUGCCGAGGACGAAGGCGACGAAGAUUUCUCCGACAUUUUUGGCGUUGCUGGUGAUGCCAUAACCGAGCCGGAGGAAAGUGACCGCGGCUCGGAAACGGACGGCCAGGGCGGCCAGCUCAUCCUCUCACGCCUGUCCAACAACUCGUGGCUUGGGGACGAUGAGGACGAGGACGAUCCGUUUGCCAUGAUGGAUCCUGGUUGGGAUGAGAUGGAUCUCGAGGCAAACAUCGCGAGGGAUAGGCAUGCGAGGUUGGCCGAGAGGGUGGAGGAGCUGGUGAGGAGCAUGAAGAUCACCGAGGGGGAGGAGGUGGUUGGGGAGUUAGCGGAGGAUUUGUUGGCACUUCUGUGGGAAAAUGACGAGGUUAAGGCAUUGAUUAUUGGCGCGCAUGGGUUGUUGCCAAUAUUGGAGAUUCUAGAGCCUUGUACGCUCAAGAGCCGGCAGCACAUGAUCUUGCAACUGCUCAAGAUCGUCAAUGCGAUUAUGCUAGACGAUGUCGAACUGCAAGAAAACUUGUGCUUCGUCGGCGGCAUUCCCAUUGUCACCAAGUUCGCUGCCCGCCAAUAUUCCAACGAGAUUCGCCUCGAGGCUGCAGCAUUUGUCCGGCAGGUGUACCAGACUUCCACCCUGACAUUGCAGAUGUUCGUCAGCGCUGGCGGUCUCAAUGUCUUGGUGGAGUUCCUCGAUGAAGAUUACGAGAUGUCCCAAGAUCUUGUUUUAAUAGGGGUAAACGGCAUCUGGAAUGUCUUUGAGCUCCAGGGGCCAACACCCAAGAACGAUUUCUGCAGGAUAUUCUCGCGAAGCAAGAUCUUGGAUCCGCUGGCGGCAAUUUUGCACAAGGUCUUGGAUGAGGACAGGGAUGAACUCUCGGAGUUGGUGGAAGGCCGCAUCGUCAACAUCUUCUACCUGUUCUCUCAGGCUGAGCCGUAUGUCAAGGAGGCGGUUGCGGAGCGGCAAGUCCUGAAGACCGUACUCAAGGACCUCCGACGGAUGACGCCCUCGCAUCAGAUCACGAUGCUCAAGUUCAUCAAGAACAUCUCCAUGUGUUCGACGGUGCUCGACUCUCUGCAUUCUGCGGAUGCGAUUGACUUCUUGAUUGAUGUCCUGAGUCUCUCGAUGAAGAAGGGGCAAACCAACUUCCGAGAGAUCUCCAACCAGGUGCUCAACACCAUGUUCAAUCUCUGCCGUCUCAGCAAAGAGCGGCAGGAAUAUGCAGCCAGCAACGGAAUCAUCCCGCUUCUGCUCAAGAUCAUGAGGACGGACCGACCGCCAAAAGAGUUUGUGCUGCCCAUCCUCUGCGACAUGGCACAUUCCGGGAGCAAAGGGAGGCGGUACUUGUGGCAGAACGGAGGACUGGACUUUUACGUAUCGCUCCUCGCGGACCAGUACUGGCAGGUUACGGCAUUGGAUGCCAUCUUUGUGUGGCUGCAGGAGGAGACAGCGAAGGUGGAGAGCCACCUCCUUGAUGGCAACUUCACCACGGCCAUCGUGUCCUGCUUUAACCCUACUAAGGCGAAUGCCUUCGACCCCAACCUACUAGAACCAUUGCUCAAGGUUCUGCGGUUGAGUCCGGCGGUAGCGGCGUCCCUGGCCAAGGCAGAGAUGUACGCCGGCACUGCUCAGAAGCUCAGCCACAAGAAGGCCGUCGUCCGCCUCAACUUGUUGCGCCUCGUGCGUAACAUCAUGGACGGGUGUGAAGCAAACAACCUAUCUAUGUCGGCGCUCAGCACAUCCGAGACCGGCCGGCAGCUGCGCGUUCUACUUGACGACAUCCAGACACUGGCGGAUAAGGACCCGGCAGUGCUGGUGAGGAAUUUGGCGUCGGAGCUCAUCCGGAGUCACAUCGACGUCGAACUACAACACGAUGCAAUGGCCCUCGGCAACAUGGGACUGGGCGCCUCUACCAGCACCGCCUCUAGCACAGGCUCGGGGCCACGCUCGCGCUCCGGGCCGCGGCGCAAUACAAGUUACACACCACCAGGGCUACACCUCAGCAUGUCCAUGCCUCCCACGCCAACCCACGGCCACCGAAUGACGCAGUCUUCCUCGGCCGCAUACAUCGAAAUCGCCGCCACCCCGAAACGCUCAGCCAUCGGCCUCACUCACGAACGCGACCCAUCCUUCUACCGCCCCCGAAGCCGCGACAGCAUCCCAAUACCAACGACCGGCAUCCCGCGCCGCGUCUCCGACACCCCUCCCGUCCCGCCGCCAGGAAACAGCACCCCCACCAACUCAGGCUCCACCCCAGCCUCCCGAUCCCGCCUCCCGCGCACCUCCAUCACACAAUACACCUCGGUGCGCCCGACCCUAACCACGGCAGCCACGGCCCCGCUAUCCACCCUCUCCCCGGGCGCCGGGCCCCGCCCGCUCUCGAGCCGCCGCGCGGGCAGCGGAGGGCGUAGCGAGUCCUUCAGCCACGGCGUGGGCGGCGGCGGCGGCGGUGUCGGCGGCGGUGGUGGCGUUGGCGGCAGCUACAAGGAGAACUACCAGACCUACCUCCAGCAGAGCCAGGCGGGUAGGAUCCGCUCGGGCUCGUCGGUCACGGUCGCGAGCGUCUCUAGUGCCGGCGGCGGCGGCGGUGGUGCGGGGACGCAGUACUCUGGUUCGCCGACGGGGAGUGUGGUGUCUGCUGGUGGUGGUGGUGGUGGUCUGAUGCCGCCUGUUUCGGGGUAUGGGGUUGUGAUGGGGGGUGCGAUUGGCGGUGGUGGUGGUGGUGGUGGGAGAGAGGUUGGUGGUAUGAGGGAGGUUAGUAGUGGUAGGAGGGAGGUUAGUGGUGGGAGUACGGGGUCGGGGACGGGGUCAGGGGCUGGGACCGGUGGGAAGAGGAGGAGCAGGGCGCCGAGUGCGCGGUCGGAUGCGGGCUCGAAUGCUGGGUCGGAGGCGCGGUGGUCUUAG